AUGUUGUUCACUCAAGUCUCGAUCCUCGCUCUCGCCGUACUAGCUGCCACUCAUCCUGGACAUGAACAGGAAGAGCAUCUUCAGACUAUCAAGGCCCGCGCAGCGAGGACCAACACCAAGCGGGCCCUCGAGGGCUGCGCUUCCCAACUCGAGGCUCAAGGUGUCCAUGCUCGUGCUAUGGAGCGUCGCAAGACUACGUUUGAUGCUCAACGCAUUGCGAGGGGCAUUCCAUUGGACGCUCCUCACGCGAUGAUCAAUGGCAGAAAGAUGAAGCGAGACACUCCCGACGUCCUCAACAAGGAUCACCAAGGCGACAUCGAUGCCUUUCAGGCGUGGGUUAACGAGACUUACGUGUUCAACGAUACCACUUCCACGGUCCUGAAUCCCGAGGGCGACAUCGGGCCGUUUUAUGUCCCGGGUGAAUAUAUCCGCAGCUACUUGUGUACGGAUGAGGAUUGCCCGGACGGAGUAUUUGUCAUCGCUGACAUUCAGUUCAUCAACGUGGACACGUGUGAGCCCCUAGCAGACGUCUGGGCCGACGUCUGGUCGUGCAACGCAACCGGGGUGUACUCAGGCAUCCAGUCCGACGUGAACGGGGACCCAUCCGACGCUGGGAACCUCAACAACACCGCCCUGCGCGGCGUACAGAAGUCCGAUUCCGACGGCGUCGUUCAGUUCUGGUACACCUUCCCGGGCCACUACGCGGGCCGCACCAACCUUCAGCACAUUAUAGUGCACGAGAACGCGACUGUCCUGCCGAACGGGACCCUGGCCGGAGACGGAUCAGUCUCUCACAUCGGACAGCUUUUCUGGGACCAGGAUCUCAUAGAUGAGGUUGAGACAUGGAGCCCAUACACUGAGAACACGGCACCUCCGACACUCAAUUCUGAAGACUUCGUCUUUGGCGAGCAGGAAACGGCGGACACCGAUUCAGACCCGGUCUACAGCUACACUUUGUUGGGGGAAGAUGUAGGCCUCGGAAUAUUUGCGUGGAUCGUUAUUGGCAUCGAUCCCUCUGCUUCUUACACUCCGACAUACUCCUUCGCUCUCACUGAGGGCGGUGGCGUCGCUGUUGGCAGCAAUGAUGAAGGCAGGCGGCUCUCCGGGCGGCCCUGGAGGCUUUCAUCCCCUCUGCUAGGCUAG